AUGGGUGCUGGCAGCGUUGUCGGUUUUGAUUUAACUAGCUGUAACAUAGCCCUGGAUCUGACUCCUGUUGUAGAAGGUCUCAUCUCGAAACGCAAGCGCAACCCUUUCUGGUACGUGUGGGAUGACAAAGGAUCAGAAAUCUUUGAAAAAAUUGCUACUACAUCUGCAACGUACACACUAUGGAAAAGAGAAUUCACCUUGCUUCAGAGAAAAUGCAAUGAGAUUGCUUCCAAGACUACUUCCCCAACCAUUCUUGUAGAGCUCGGGAGCGGCGCGUCUUCAAAAACCCGUUUGAUUAUUGAGGCCAUGCUGAAACAACAUGGAUCACUAACGUUUGUGCCAGUAGACAUAGCGAAAGAUACGAUUACGAAAGUCGGGAAGGAGCUUGAACAAAAUUACCCGGGCUUGACAGUGGAGCCAUUUGGGGGGCUGUUUAUGGAUGGGAUCCGCCACCUCUCCUCCCGUGAGGAGAACAAGAUGCUGCUGUUUCUUGGUAGCAGCUUCAGCAACGUCUGCAUGUAUGAGCAGGUGGACAUGAUGAAGGAGAUACGGGCACAGCUGACCAGUAGGCAUUUAAUACGUAUUUAG